AUGAUGACAAUGAGCCCGCAAGAAUCUAUGUUAGUCCGAAUUCAGACAUCACCGCUGAUACUGGCUUUCAUUUUUUCAUCAGUAAAUUCAAGAACCCAAGCGGGAAUCCGGAUCUUCUUGAUUCUGAAAUAUUCUCUCUUUCAAUAUAUGCAGCUGAUAUGACAUCCAAUUUGUCAGGCACAAAAUUAUGCCAUAGCUAUGCAAACAAUCUGGGAUACUUAUUUUCAUUAUCGCCAGGUACUACUACUGGGACUCCAACAAUAUCAGCAAGUAGUAAUUUAG